GUGUCCCGCGCCGAAAUGAGCGGUUCCAGAGGUGACCGGCCCCUGGUUUGGAUUCAGAGCCUCUCGCAAAGCUGGCAGAGGGAUUUGGGGAAGGGGCGCGUCUCAGUUCCAACUCCGGCGCCCACGGUUCGCAGCCCUUCCCCACCGCUGAGCCCCGCACCUGCCCCGCGCAGCCCGGGGACUCCCCCGGUGCGGAACACAGACCGAGGGGACGGAUGUGGCCACGCUGUGCUGACGCCUCACAGUGGGACGCUGACCUCCAAGAACUACCCUGGCACCUAUCCCAAUCACACAGCCUGCGAGUGGAGGAUCCAGGCCGCGGAAGGGAGCUCUCUCGUCCUGGCCUUCGGGGACAUGGACAUCGAAUCUUCCCGGCACUGCGCUUCGAGCUUCCUGCUGCUCUCAUCCCCUUCCGACAGCACCAGCCUUGGUCCGUACUGCGGGAAUUCAAACCCCACCUCCAAGGUUCUGGCGAUGAACUCCAGUGCGGUGACCAUCCAGUUCAACAGCACCACUCACCGCUCAGGGCGCGGCUUCCUGCUCUCCUAUGCCACCAGCCAGCACCCAGAUCUGAUUUCCUGUUUGGAUAAAGGGACCCAUUAUCACCAGGAACAAAUCAGCGUUUUCUGCCCAGCAGGCUGCAAGGGAGUCGUGGGUGACAUCUGGGGAAACCUGAAGCAGGGCUACCGAGACACCUCAGUUCUCUGCAAGGCAGCCAUCCACGCGGGAGUGAUCUCGGAUGAGAUGGGAGGGCAGGUGACUCUGUCUCGGGAGAAGGGGAUCACUCUGUAUGAAUCAGCCUUCGCCAAUGGACUCCUCUCAAAAAGUGGGUCCCUGUCUGAAAAGCGCCUCGUUUUUCACAAAGCCUGUGACGAUCCCCUGGACGCAGCCGGCUUCAACGCCUCCUCCUCCUGGCACGAGGUCAAUGCCAUGGGGCAGUAUAAGCCCUGGACAGCUGAGCGGGCGGCGUUCAGCAUCCACGGACACUCAUGGGCAGCUGAUUCCAGCUCGGAGACUGAAUGGCUGGAGCUAGACCUGGGUGGAAGGAAGAACAUCACAGGAAUUACAACCAAGGGAUCCUCCGACAAAUACAACUACUACGUGAAAUCCUACCAGGUUUUCUCCAGCAAAGAUGGGAAGAAUUGGAAAGCCUACAGAGCCAGUAGUGGGCACGAGGAUACGGCCUUGGAGGGAAAUGCCGACAGUCUCCAGGAGGUCUCCAACACGUUCCUCCCCCCCAUCCUGGCCCGCUACCUGCGCAUCGUGCCGCAGAGCUGGAACCAACGGAUUGCCUUGAAGGUGGCACUGCGGGGCUGCCAGGUGGCUCGUCUCAGGGCGCCCCGGCCCUAUGUACCCAGUGGCCCAAAGGAGGUUCCCGUCCUGACCAGCAUCCCCACCGAUCACACCCUUAUCCCUGGAGUCGCCAUAAAUCCAGAGAGAGCAGGCUCCAUGGUACUUGUGAUGCUGCUGAUCGGGGGCUUUGUGCUGCUCUCGUCUGGCCUCCUGCUGCUGGCUUUCUUCUGCCGUAAGAAGAGGAAGACAGCGGCUGAUCUGAACUGCAGCCUCAUGAAAGGGUACCCGAAGCUGGACUCCGGCCAGGUGUGCUCCAGUGGAAGUCUGCAACAGUCCAGCUCUGAACUGACCUCGUUCCCACUGGCUGGGACCCCAGGAGAACUCAGUGGGGCUCAUUCACCAGAAUAUGCUGAGCCUGACGUGGUUCAGGUGAGUCCCAACAGCCAGACAGCCCCAUCCACCUUCAAACCCUCCCCGGACGAAGGCUAUACGCUCCCGCUGGUACUGAACCACUAUGACGUGCCGGGCAAGUACCAUGAGUACGCAGAACCCCUGCCACCUGAGCCUGAAUACGCCACCCCCUUCACGGAGCAGGCCCUGGAAAGCGUGGGCACCACUGCCAAGAAGAACGUCUGUAUCAUCAAAGUAGUCCCCACUCCCCAAGGCUGGGCAGGGUUGCUGGCGUCCCCAACGUCCCCAGGGAUGCAGCCGCAAUAUGACUUCCCAGCUCAGCGGCCUGGCGAGACACUGAAUGGCACAAGAGGGGAGGGGUCCCACCAACCCAGCAUCAUGUACACUGAGACCCAGGCUGAGCGGACUCCCAGCCUAUGGGUUGACAUCCCAGUGGGGCCCACCACCUCCCCUCUCAGCCACAUCUACCAUGAACCUUUGUGAGGCUAUGAAAAGGGAACUCACAUCGCACGCUGGGCAGCUGGAGAAGGGGUCUGGCUACACUGGGGGAUUCCGCUCUGGGCCUGCAGAGCAAGAAGAAGCUGCCCUGUCUAUCACCAGCAAUGGGAAACGAAAUAGCCAUCGGGUUUAUAGCACUAAACUGUGUGGAAGAGGCUGAUCCGUCCAACUAUGUGAUUGUUUUGUUUGGGUUGGUUUUGUCCCUUGAACUGAAUAGAUACUCCAGAUCUUUACCUCCCUUUAGGAGUCAAAAGAACAGUGUCAGGAUCUAAGAUCAUAUAUAUCCUUUACCUGCAUCACCUGCUAUUUUCUUAAUAUCCAUGAUUUAUACCAUGGGCUUUAUAUAAAGUGAAAGAGCGCCCUCUGCUGCCCUAUGAGCUCUCUAAUGCCUCCCUCUGGUAUUAAAACUUGAAUGGAAUUUUAAAAACCUCAUCAGCACAAGGGCAGUUGGUUUGUUUGCUCUUCUGCCUUUCAUGGUGAAAGCAGGCAAGUCAGUUUCAUGUUUUGUUUUGAGUUGGUUUAUGUUCCUGUGUUUGUUCCUGUCACUGGCAGGGAGAUACCUUUCCAGCACAAGCUGGUGUGGGGUGUUUAAAUCCUAAAACAAAGGCUGCUCUUCCUUGAAGUAUGAAAUAAAAAGGGCAGGAAAAUAUUUUCAGAUAAAUUAGGGCUUGUAAAAUGCUUUUUUUUAACCCACAAAUUAUGUGUUCUGCAUCUGCAUGUCACUGACCAGCGGCUCAGUUCAGAAAACAGUGAUGUGAUGCAGACAAGUCCUGUCAGUUUUAAGGACUGAAAUUACUUACGUGUGUCUGCAGAAAGCUAUUUAAACUUUGCACCUAGUACCUGUGAAGAUCCUGGCUGACCCCUUUUUGAAAUCAGCUGUGCAGCAACCGAUAUAUUCAGUACGUACUGGUAAGAGAGAUCCAGGGAAACUAUAAUCAAGAGGAGAGGAAUUGCAGUUUUAUGCUCUCUCUCUAUGAGCUUCUUCGUUGAUCAAGUAGGCAAUAUUUGUAAUGUGACAGGCGGACAAUGGUUGUAACGCUGAGCGCAAUGUUAAUUCAUUAAUUCACCUGGUCCCUGCAAUCUUCCAGCCUCUGCUGCUAUCCCUGCAAUAAGACCCUUGGAAAGGACAAAGCUGCAUAGCAACACUGGAUGUUAACUGCAGAACUGGGACAGCUCUGAGGACAGGGACCUUGUUGCUCUUCUUAAAGGAAUACCAGCACUGGCCAAGCUCAGUGGUGCUGCUUGGGGAUAAUAGUGUUUGCCAAGGAAAAUGUGAUCUAUAACUGUGUUUCUCUGCUCACUCCUGGCUGACCCUAUCUUUCCAACAGCACUGGCUGCCAAUUCUUCCAGCUGAUGGGGAAGGGAGCCUCAAAUCAGUGUUGUGCUUGACACUCUGCUGACAGGGAGAAAAGAAUGAACAAUAAUAAUCACACCUAGCUCUUCUAGUAUUGCUUUUCAUUAGGAGAGCUCAAAGCCCUUUACAACUGAGGGCAAUAUCCUUAUCCCCAUUUUAAAAAUGGGGAGACUGAGGUACAGAGCAGGCAUUGACUUGCCCAGGGUCACCCAGCAAAGCCAUGGCAGAGCCAGGUAUAACAUUCAGGUCCCCUGAGUCCCAGUUCAGUGUUCUAUCCACUAGGCCAUAUUGCCAUACCCAUUGUCUGCCUUCACCCGGUACAGAACCACACGUGUACGUUCCUCCAGAAAUGCACACACCCUGAUAUACAGUUUGCUGUGCAGCUUUCCUCCAUGCAAACCCCUUUCAUUCUGAAACACUCCCAUAGGCGCACACAGCUCUGGCAGCACUCCACAGCAUGGAAAAGCCCUGUUGCUUUGGCAGCAGCCUUAGGACUGGUAGGGGGGGUUUGUUAAUAUUCCAAG